GAUCAGUAGAUGGACGGGCACGCUGGAGGUCCCCGGAACGUUCCAAAGAUCCGGGCCGGGUUCGAAAACGCCACACGUCUGAAGACGGGUCUCGAUCUGAAACGUCUCCCAUUCCUUCUCUCCAGAUAGGUGGCCUGUACCGCUGAGUUACUCCAGCAUUUCGUGUCUAUCUUCGGUGUAAACCAGCAUCUGCAGUUCCUUCCUACACGUGACCGAUGAGGAGCGCCAGGGGCUCGCACUUCCUCUCGGUUUGUGUGCAUGCUGUUCCAUAGCAACGGACCAAUGCACCGACUCAAGGCUUCAUUAUUAAAUGGUUCUAGCAAAAUGAACCAGCUAUCCAUUACCAAAAAACACAAGGAAAAAACAGAUGAGACGCAUUUAUCUGGAAGGACCUUGAGAGGGGAGAUUAAAAUGGAACGGGGACCUUGUACCUCAGAGGCAAUCAAUCAAAACGGUGCAGAAAUUUUAUACCAAAAUGGGAAGCUAACUGCUACCUCAAGCCCCAAGCAACGGCUGAUUGACAAAAUAUUGGCCAGACGUAAAGUUGAGCAGUUUUUCAAGGAAGAAGAGCAUCAUGCACAAAAUAGGAAAUUAGAGGAAGUUAAAGAAAGUUUGAAGAAGGAACUGUUUAAACAUCAGCUACAAAAGAGCCAUUUGGAAGGAGAGUUUAUUAUUCCCUCGUGCAAGCAUGACCAUCCAGGUGCCCUGCAGGCAAGAAUUGUUGAGAUUAGGAACAAUCUCCCAGCCAUGGAAGACCGAAUACAAAAACUAAGAUUGAGGGUUUCUAAAGACCAUGAGAAAAAAGUGAUUUCACACAAUGAAGACUCUGUGCAUGAAGGAGCAGAACCGUACCAGAUCAGAAACAUCAACAUGGUUCAAUUAAUACUCAAUGACAUGGUGGAAAAGUUGAUGGACGAUUACAUCCAAAAAGUUCCAGGUGGAAUGGAUUCCUCCUCUGCAGAUAAUUUGGCCCAGAAAAACAUGCAAGAAGCUAAGAGGCUAAUGAAGGAAGUAAAGACGAAUAGAGUCACCAGCCUUGUUAUGGAGCAGAUUGUUUUGGAGGUCGGGACAGUUAAACCAUCCGCAGUCGGGGCGAUCAAAGCCCCCGCAGCCGACAUUCGAAGCCCCCGUCGAGGUGAUCGAAACUCCUGCGCCGGGAUGGUGGAAGCUCUCUCCGCAGCAUGGAGCUCUCAAGUCGGCCUCUUCUUACCAGAGACCGCGGGCUUCACGAUGCUAAAGUCCACAGGCCACAGGGAGUUAAAGUCCACAGAGAGCUUUGAUCGCCGGCAAAGGGAUCGCAAGCUCCGUGAUGUUAACGUCCCGCAGAUUCCUGCGGCUUGGAGCGCCGGGUCGGAGAUAUGAUACAGAAAAAAAUUGCAUAUCCGUUGAGGUAAGAGUUUGAAAAAAAGGCCCACCAAGUCAGCGCCGACCAACGAUCACCAGUACACUAGUUCUAUGUUAUUCCAGUUUCACAACCUACACACAAGGAGCAAUUUACAGAAGCCAAUUAACGUACAAACCCGCAUGUCUGUAGAAUGUGGGAGGAAACCAGAGCAUCCGGAGAAAAUCCAUGUGGUCAAUUUGAGAACGUCCAAACUCCAUACAGACAGCACCCAUAGUCAGGAUCGAACCCGUGUCUCUGGCGCUGUUACGCUGCAACUCUAUCACUGUGCCGCCUCAUUGAAGAAAAUAAAAUGGUGAGAUGGUGGCAUGUAGGGAGUUGGAUGCAAUACUGAUACUGAAAUGUGAAUCGGUUUGCUUGCGUUCAGAUGAAAUUAUCCAUUCGCGAACUUUGAUUGCACAAAAACAACUCUGAUUUCAGCUGUAGAUUUUAUAUACAAACAGAAGAGCACAAACUCCUCAAUGUAGCAUCAGCACAAUGCUUUAUUUGUUACGUUGUCGGCCAAGCAUUUAUCAUUUCAUGCUAUUAAAGAACUGUUGAUGACCAUGGUAGUGAAUAGAAUAAUCACAGGAAGAUUCUACAUUAGUCUUGGAAAUUCACUUUUGCAUGUGGUUUCUGCAGACUUUCAA